CACUCCAGGCUAUAUAAACACAUAGGGCUGCAGGUGAGGGCGGCCUCUCCGGUGCACGCUCACCAUGGCUCGCUGGGAGAUCCUCUGCUUUGCCUUGUGCUCCUACCUCAGGGUGGCGUGGGCUGCAACCCUGGGUGUCGUGUACACCGAGGGUGGUUUUGUGGAAGGCGAAAGUAAAAGACUGGGACUCUUCGGUGACUACAUCGACAUCUUCAGAGGAAUUCCUUUUGCUGCCCCUCCAAGGCGUCUGGAAGACCCUCAACCUCAUCCUGGCUGGCAGGGAACACUGAAGGCAAAAGAAUACCAAAAGCGCUGCCUGCAGCCAACACUUGCACAAACUGCUGUCCGUGGGAGUGAGGACUGUCUCUACCUGAACAUCUGGAUCCCUCAAGGCAGGAAACAGGUCUCUACCAACCUGCCAGUGAUGAUCUGGAUCUAUGGCGGUGCCUUCCUUUUUGGAGGGGGUCAGGGAGCCAACUUUCUCGAUAACUACCUCUAUGAUGGUGAGGAGAUCGCUGUGCGGGGCAACGUGAUCGUGGUGAAUUUUAACUAUCGUCUGGGGCCUCUUGGCUUCCUGAGCACUGGAGAUGCAAACCUGCCAGGGAACUACGGGCUGAAGGACCAGCACAUGGCUAUUGCCUGGGUGAAGAGGAAUAUCCGGGCCUUUGGGGGUGACCCAGAUAACAUCACCAUCUUUGGGGAAUCAGCCGGUGCUGUCAGUGUCUCCCUGCAGAUGCUGAGCCCAAAGAACGCAGGAUUGUUCAAGAGAGCCAUCAGCCAGAGCGGUGUCGCUCUGUGCAACUGGGCCAUCCAGAAGGACCCUCUGUCCUGGGCUAAAAAGAUUGGAGAGAAGGUGGGCUGCCGCACGGACAACACCACCGCCUUGGCCAACUGCCUGCGUGUCUCUGACCCCCAAGCCCUGACAUCGGCCUACACCCUGCAGCUGGUUAACCUGCCUGUUCCCGUGGUUGACACACUAGCCCUCACUCCUGUUGUUGAUGGAGACUUCCUCCCAGACAUGCCACAGAACCUCUUUGCCAAUGCUGCUGAUAUCGACUACCUUGCUGGGGUCAACAACAUGGAUGGACACUUCUUUGCUGGCAUUGAUAUGCCUGCUGUCAACCGCCCACUUGUGAGAAUCACUGCGGAUGAGGUCUAUAAUUUGGUCAGAGGACUCACCGCGGACAGGGGCGAGCGUGGAGCCGCUGAGACGUACAAUCUCUACACACAAACGUGGGGCGACAAGCCAGACCAGGAGGUCAUGAAGAAGACAGUGGUGGCUUUGGCUACUGAUUACAUCUUCCUGAUUCCCACACAGUGGACACUGAAUAUGCACGUGCAGCAUGCCCGGACUGGCAAGACAUACAGCUACUUGUUCUCCCAGCCAUCCCGAAUGCCCGUCUACCCAGGCUGGGUAGGGGCAGACCAUAUGGAUGACCUGCAGUACGUGUUUGGGAAACCCUUUUCCACUCCCCUGGGCUACUGGCCCAAGUACAGGACUCUCUCAAGAGCCAUGAUUGCUUACUGGACCAAUUUUGCCAGGACAGGGGAUCCCAACACUGGGUACUCAGAGGUGCCUGUUAACUGGCCAGCCUACACCACUGAUGGUGGUUAUUACCUGGAAAUCAACAGCGACCUAAACAAGAACUCUGUGAAGCAGAACCUGAGAUCCCGGUACGUGACCUACUGGAACACGGUCUAUCAGAAUCUGCCGGUGGUUGCCAACGCCUCCCAGACUCUGGAACUGCUGUGGAGCUAAGAAAAAACACCUUUUAAAGACAGUCCCAAUUCAUUAAAGUCUUGCUUGUAACUGA